AUGGGAAGUCAGUUCAAUAAGCAGGAUAUCAUUUUCGGGAACGACGCCGUCAAAGCUAUCAUACGAGUCGACGAGAAUGGAGCUGUUUUCCUGGAUGACAUCGUGACAACUGGGACAAAGGCCCGCCCCUCGGCGUCGCGCUACUUUGACAAUCACAGUCUCCCUCUUGCAGAAAUAAGGCUUACCGGCGAGGGCAAUCAUACUUCCAAAUCGUCCAAGUCUCUCGUUGCUAGCUACAUCGGCAAACGCCUCCAAUACCGCAAGCACCAGGAGGAACGGCAUGCCGAAUCAAGAGUUACAACUCUCGAUAUUGAGAUGUACGAUGACAAGACACAAAUCACCGUGACAAGUCACCUUACUGUCUACGAUGACAUCCCCGUUGUGCGCUCCUCGGCCACGGUUCGAAACGAUAGCGACGAAAAGAUCACAGUCUCCCAGGUCUCCUCACUGGUUGUCGGCGGUCUCGCACGCUCCAAGGAGUGGUGGAAUGACUACGUGAUCUCCGAAGCCAACAACACUUGGUUUAGAGAGGCACAAUGGAAAGACACCUCCCUACCCGACGCCGGGAUCGACGACUUCGGAAUCUACGGCAUGCCGGACGCUCAUUUUGCCUCCAUUGCCUCAUACUCAGUUUCCAACCACGGUACCUUCUCGACGCAGGGCCAUCUGCCCAUGGGCAUGCUCAAGAGGCGGGAUAAUACCGAGACGUGGCUGUGGCAGAUUGAGAACAACGGAUCGUGGCGGUGGGAGAUUGGAGACUACAAAGACAACGUGUACCUCGCUGCUUCUGGUCCAAACGCUACCGACCACGAGUGGUGGCAGAAGCUCAGUCCAGGCGACUCCUUCACUAGCGUCACAGCGGCGGUCUGCCAUCUUGAGGGCAACGCAGAUACUGCCUUUGCAGCCCUGACACAGUACCGCCGCCGCAUCCGCCGCCCACACGAGGAUAACAGCAUAUUUUUCAAUGACUACAUGAACUGUUUAAUGGGCGACCCUUCAGACGAGAAGGUCCUAGCUCUUGUUGAUCCCGUCGCCAAGUCAGGAGCGGAGUACUUUGUGAUUGACUGUGGCUGGUACGCCGACGACUCGAACUGGUGGGACGACGUCGGAGAAUGGGAGCCGAGCAAGAAGCGGUUCCCGAUGGGCUUCGAGAAGCUCUUGGGAAAGAUUCGCGAAAAGGGGCUGAAGCCCGGUCUGUGGAUCGAGCCAGAGGUUAUCGGCGUCCGCAGCAUCAUGGCCAAGAAUCUCCCUGAUGAAGCGUUCUUCCAGCGUGAUGGAAAGCGCAUACUUGAAAAGAACCGUUAUCACCUCGACUUCCGACAUCCGGCUGUCAUCAAGCGCAUGGACGAAGUCAUCGACAGACUAGUUAACGAGUAUGGUGCAUGUUACCUCAAGUUCGACUACAACGUGGAGAUCGUACAAGGCACAGAUGUAGGCGGCGUCAGUGGUGGCGUCGGCCAGCUUGACCACAACCGCGCGUACCUUGCUUGGGUGGGCCGCCUCCUCGACCGCCAUAAAGAUCUGGUCAUUGAGAAUUGCUCAAGUGGCGCCCAGCGCAUGGAUUACGCCUCGUUGGCAGUGCACACCCUACAGUCGACCAGUGACCAGCAAGAUCCGGUACGGUAUGCUGCCAUCGCUGCGGCCAUUCCUACAGCCGUCAUCCCAGAGCAGGGCGCGACUUGGGCGUACCCGCAACCAGACUGGAGUGAUGAAACGAAUGCUAUGACGGUUGUCAACAGUCUUCUCGGCCGCAUUCACCUCAGUGGCAGGCUGGACAUCAUGCCGGAAGAGCAGCUGAAGCUCAUAUACGAUGGCAUGAAGGUGUAUCAGGGCAUCCGAGGGGACAUCCCCUCCGCCCUGCCUUUCUGGCCGUUGGGUCUACCCAAGUGGCACGACGACUGGCUCUCCCUGGGCCUGAUGACUGCUCCGAGCAAAGACCUCAGGUCCAAGAAGUGCUAUGUUAGCGUUUGGCGACGUGGUGGCCAGGAGCAGUGCUCUCUUCCGAUAUCGCCGCUCAAAGGAGAGCAGAAUGUCAAAGUUGAGCUUCUCUAUCCUGCCGGGUUCGCUUCCGAAGCGGAGUGGGAUGCCACGGCCUCUGCGAUUCAGGUGAGACUGUCACCGAAGGUCUGCGCUCGCCUUUACUGCCUGCAGGUUGAGUGA